AUGUCCGGGGUAUGUCAAAUUCAGACUUCAAAUUAUAGUGGCUCUAUGUUAAGUCAAACUUUGACAUCGAUUGAAAACUUUGCAUGGGAGCUUAAAUACCGCUCCAACGCUACUCGAGCAAUUGAAUCUGGGUUUUUGUUUUUGAUCAACUUCGUCUCAUUUGCUGGAAAUCUUUUGCAUGGAAUCGCGGUCAUCAAAAACCCGAAUCUUCGAAGAACUGUUCCUAACAUGUACAUUAUAACUUUGGCUGUUUCCGACUUCCUAUUUUCAUUAAUGGGAACUCCCUUUUCAGUAGCUUCUCUUAUGACAGGAAAAUGGCCGUUUAACAACUUUAUUUGUCAGCUACAAGGACUCUGGAUUCUUCUGUUGUGCGCCGUGUCUUUGCAGACUUUAGCCGUCACCGCUUUGAACAGAUAUUUCCGAGUUGUUCGUUCCCGCGUGUUGUAUCAAAAAAUUUUCAACAUGAAGACAACAAAGGUGACAAUCGCAAUUCUGUGGAUCAUAGCUCUCUUUGCGCCUCUUCCGUAUGUUGUUGCAGGGCACGACUUUUUCUUCCACUCUGGAAAAGCCUUUUGCACAUAUGAUGCGGAAUCGUUGCAUGAAGGCUACGGAGUUUACUUGGUUCUCGUUUAUAUAGCUAUUCCCUUAAUCAUCAUUACAAUCUGUUAUACAAGAGUUUUCAUCGCGGUCCGCCGACAUAAUCUUGUAGUUUUUCGGCAAAGAAUUCGUCCUUUAAACCGACAAUUAAACUUUGGUCCCGAAAAUCCGAGAUUGUCUGUCGAGGAGGUUAAAGUGACGAACAUCCUGCUAGUUGUGGUGGUAGCUUUUUUAAGCUGCUGGACUCCCGUCUUAGUCAUUGAUUUGGUCGAUUUUAUAACCGGAGAUUGGAAGCUCAAGCGACCAGUCUAUGUAAGCUACACCUGUUUUGGCUUCGCUAGUACAGCUCUCAAUCCCAUCAUAUACGGAAUCAUGAAUCGCACCUUUCGUACGGAAUAUUUGAAGAUUUUUUCCUCCUUAAAGAGGUUCGUUCUCGGGUCAAACACAAAUGUUCGGAUUGCUCCUGGAGUGAUCGUGAUUGCUUGA